GGAAGAGGGUAUGCGUGCGAAGGUUACAAGCAUACAAACGAGCAGUGCAAGAACAAGUUCAACCAGAUCCUUGACUACCAUAGAAGAUCGAAGGCGCACGAGAGCUGGUCCGGUUUGCCGAGCUACUGGGACAUGAAUCAGACAAAGCGGAAGAAGUACAACGUCGGCUUUGUGCUUCGUCGAAGUUGGUACGACAUCAUAUACCCGGCGGAGAAGGACAAGGACUUUAUGAACCUGUCCAAUUUGAUGGAUUCAGGGGCGGACGAGGAGCGUGUUGAAGAUGGAGAAGGACAAGGACUUUAUGAACCUGUCCAAUUUGAUGGGGGUGAAGAUCCGGCGGCCGGGUCUGGAGGUUUGGCCGGUGGCUCACGGUCGACAGGUUUUGAGCCGAUGCUUGGUAAACGCAAAAUAGCUGCCAGCAAUGCACGUGAAUCCGGUGUACAGGCUGUGACAGCUGCUAUGCGUGCUCACACGACAGCGCUAACACGAUCAGACUUGACUAUCGCGAAGAUGCCCUAUGAAGUGACACGUGACAUCGCUAUGCAGCAGGCUGAGGUUCAUCGGGAGCUUGUGCAGCAAGACAUUGCGUCACGCGAAAGGAUAGCUAACAUAAUGGGGGACAAGGUGGAGAAAGGUUAUUUCGUACUUGCAGAUUUGCUGAUGCCAUUCACAGCUUAUGUCCUUGUACAGACAGUCCAUCUAAGCACGUGGAGGGACGGGUUACUUGCCGCCAUUAGCUUUCACUUUCCCAGGGAUCUAAUGAUGGGAUAUGUCAAAGAACUCGAGAAGGAUGCUACGGUCGACACGGAGAACUUGCUAAAGGAGGAUCGCUUGUGGAACUAUUUGAUCCCUGCGUUACUUGCACGAAUUAUGCUCCCCACGCGGAUCCCCGAAAAACCGACGAGAUUUCCGCUCAACUCUCCGCGAGCAGCGACACGAAAGAGGGGCGUAGGUGCGCAGGACCAGAGUAGCAGCAUCAAUGCUCUAGGGCAAAUGACCACGUUAUCGACUGGCCGAAGAUCUUGGAAGAGGCAGAAGUGGGAUUGCGACGUGUUCUUGCACCUAAGGUACACUAGCAGGGUGAUGGAACCACUUUCCAUCAGGAGGCUGAUAAACGAAGUCCUGGCCAGGAUAAUAGGAGAUGAGACAACGACGAGGCUGGAGCGAACCAUGAUCGGUUGGACCUAUAACGACAGUAUCGCAUCUAGACAAUGCAGACCUGCGGAGGUAUUAUGUGAUUUUAACGUUGCGCAAUGGAUGGAGGCCUACGAUCCGGAGCAAUGUCCGUGCAAAUCUCGCAGAUACAUGGACAAUGCUUCGAUCGAGCCGCUCCAGAGCGAGGGUCAUACACACGUCAUCACUUUGGACUCGUCGAUCACAGACAAUCCACUACUCCAGGGCAUCAUCAACUCUGGACUGAACCAUAUCCCUUGCAUGACCCUGGACGUGGACGAGGUGGAGAACGAAGUGUGUGGAUUUCUAGACAGACUUUUGGCAAUGGUACUGGAACUGCGCGAGCUAACGAUGUCCACCCGAUCAUUUCUACGGAGGAUAAUCCUGAAGAAGGCGAGGGCGAAGAUGACGAAAUACAAGGAGCAACAUAGGCACGUAACCGCAGAGUCGUUCAAACAUCCGGCUGUCAAGCGGGAACUCCUUACCAGUCGCUUCCUCAUCAGCCCGACGAAUAAAGCCCCGAGCACUCCUGCCUUCGUAUGCAAGAACUUCAUACGAAAGCUCGCCUUUCAGAGGUUGUCUAAACCUGAGUUCGCGAGCAUCGCCGCCCCUCCUGCAUCGAUCAUCUCACGAAUACAGGGCGAACUUUCGGCUUUGCCCGCGAUGCCAACUGCACUGGCGACACUGCCAUACCUGGUGAUGGUGUUCAAGGCGCAUAAGGGCGCGUUCCACUGGACCACGAACACGACCGGGAUAGUGGUUUCCCCGACAGCGGACCUCUGUGCGUGUCUGCUUCGGUUUCUUCUCCCUCUGGUGCAAACAUUCUGCCAGGAGAGGAGCUUGGAGUUGGAGGAACGGUAUGGAGUAAAGGUGAACCUGUGGUGGUGGAUUGCCUCAGUGGGGGAGUUCUGUGCGAACCUGCCAGAGAAGAUUUACUCCAUCUUUACGGCGGAUAUCACUAGGUGCUUUGCGACGAUUCCCACGGACAGCUCGGGGGAUAGCCUACUGGCAGCGGUGAGGUUCUACGUACAGAGUGUGAUGCAGGUGCAAAGGGAGAGAAGCUCGAGCCACACCAUUCGAAUCAAGGUAGGGGAGGGCGCCCGGUUCUGGCCCUCGUGGGUGGAUGGCGAUCAGGCGGAGGGGCUGGGUUCUAUGCUGUUCGGAGAGGAAGAUGUUUGCUGGAUCAUGGAAUGGCGCAUUGCCAACAGCGUCCAAAGCGGAUCUGCAGCAAGUCCAGACCCCGCUGCUGCUGCUGUUGCUGCUACUGCUGCAGCGACAAGUGGUGGUACAGGGACUUCUGGAACUGUUGCAGCCCCGGGCCCGGACCCAGCAACGGUUGGGCCAGGCGGCAGCUUUGCUUACAUCGACAGGAAGGCGGCGCAGAUUCCGUCCAAGUAUGACGGAAAGGACGACGUCGAGGCUUGGAUCAGCUCCAUGCGGUCCUACUUUGAUGUAUUGGGGACACCCCUGUCCACUCAGUCGUCUAUCCUGGGGACCAAUGUGGAGCCCGUCGUGCGGGGUUCCUAGAAACCCAGGCUGUCCAAUCAGGCGAUAAGAGAAUAGACCUGAACAAGUGGCUGAAGACUACGCCUACUACCACACUUGAGGAUCUCUUGAUCAAACAAUAUGCUGAUCCACAUGCUGCCGUUAAAGCAAGAAUUAAGCUUGACAAGCUCAAGCACAGCAAGUGGGCCGGCACCAUGCAGUCUGCAGCAGUACGUAAGUAAACUCUUUGCUACUCCGGAUCUGGAGAUGACUGCGCAGUCUUGCUUGGAUGUGAUAAAAGGUACGGUCCCCU